AGAGAGAGAGAGAGAGAGAGAGAGUUUUGUUGCUUGACAGAUAAGGUUCAUUUCACUUUUAUCUAUAGAGUGGUGACAGUGGUAUAUGCUAGUCAGUCACUAGUAUUGUACUGAAAAUGAUGGCCACUAAAGUGAAAAAUACAGAGACACCUUUGUCUCUGGAACAGUUUCACAUUUCCGAGGAUUAUGGGUUUAUUCUUCCUGAGCCCAUGACAGACCUGCCGGUGUACUACAAGCCCUGGAUGGACAUUGCCAGAAAUGUGCCAGAACUCAUCUCUUCCCAUUCUUUGCGCCUCAGAAUUCAUGAUAUGCCUCUGUUGGAGACUCAUUUGUUGCGGACACAUCGUGAGCUGCGUUUGGCCCAUCUGGCUUUGAGCAUGAUGACUAUGGGUUACGUAUGGCAGGAGGGCGAGAGAGAAACAGUAAAAGUGCUUCCACGGAGUCUGUCGGUGCCAUUCUGUGAGGUGUCUCAGAGACUGGGUCUGCCUCCGAUUCUCAUCCACGCUGACACAGUCCUCACCAACUGGAAGAAAAGAGAUCCAGAUGGACCUUUUUCCAUGGAGAACUUGGAGUUGUUGUUGACAUUGCCUGGCGGGGAAAGUGUAAGAGGAUUUUUUCUGGUGACACUGCUGGUGGAGUUGGCAGCUGUUCCCGGCCUGAAGUCUAUCCUUGAUGUCAUCAAUGGCGUCCAUUAUAAUGAUGUUGCUAUGGUCACCAAAGCUCUGGAUGUUGUCAGUCAGGCCAUAGUCAGCAUGAAACAGGCUCUUAAACUAAUGCAUGAAUAUGUAGAUCCUUCCAUAUUUUAUGGCAUUAUGAGGAUCUAUCUAUCUGGAUGGAAAGAUAACCCAUCAAUGCCAGAAGGUCUUGUGUACGAGGGAGUUCAGGAGAAGCCAAUGGAGUUUUCAGGAGGCAGUGCCGCUCAGAGUAGUAUCUUACACUGCUUUGAUGAGCUGCUGGGAGUCCAACAUGAAGGCAACAGCGGGGCCUUCCUGAGAAGAAUGAGGGACUACAUGCCGCCCUCUCAUAAGCAAUUCAUUGAAAACAUCUCUAGUCGCCCGUCUCUGCGCAGCUUUGUGCUCCAGAAAGCGGAUGAGCAUCUAACACACACAUUUCAGCAGUGUGUUGCUCGCUUGGUGGACUUUCGAAAUUACCACAUCAACAUUGUCACCCGUUACAUCACUAUCCCAGCCUCCCGUGCCAAACAGCUCCGUGCCAGUAAACAGGGUUUGGCCGAAAAGCUGGACGUGAUCAGAACAGCACCCACAGCACUGGAGGAAAGAGGUACUGGAGGGUCAGGGAUUAUGACCUUUCUGAAGACAGUGCGUGACGAAACCAAAGAAACUUCCAUCUCACAGUGUACUAUUGAAAACCAAGUUUUGCCAGAACCAUCGAUGACAGAAAUACAGAAGCCUGCAUCUAAGCUCACAACAGAAUGAUAAUAGCACCAAAAUAUUAUCACCAAAGUGAAUCAUGCACUACGGUAAAAGUGUUUUUAUAGGUCAUAACAUAAUUUAGGGUGAGAUUACACACACAGACAGCAGUAGUUCCCAUUCCCAUUCUGACUCCCUCUUCACUUACUUUAGCAAGUUCUUAAAUCAAACUCUCUUUAACAAGUUGACCACAUAAUGAGGUAAUAUUUGUGUUUCUGAUUAAACAAUCCAGAUAUGAAACACAUGGAGAAUUUAUGCACAAAAUAUGACACUAUGUAACAAAAUAUAACUAUGUUGGUUGUUUCAUUGCUAAACCCUAGCACAAAACCAAAGGCUUCUGAAAACAUAUUAAAACACAAACUCCUCAGAUUAGAGGUUGUCUAUGGUCUGUGUGCAUGUUUAUAACGUGACAAACAAUCCUGAUUUAAAGGGUUAUUCAAGGUUAAAUCUAAAUUUAAUUCAUUUGAAGUCAACAUAAAUUGUUUGUAACCUAUCUUACUUCCAAAAUUUGACAUGCAGUAUAUUAAUAUAAAGCAGGAUAUUCAAUAACAAAGUUGAGACUGUGUACACUGUACAUUUUUGAAAGUGUAUGUCUAAU